AAAAAUCUUUAAUGUAAACUAAAAAUUCUUUUAACUUCUAUUUGAAAAUUAAAAUCUAUUUCUUUGAUUAUUAAUAAGGCAUUAAAAUUCAAUUAUUUCAUGGAAAUCAAAAUAGAAAAAAGAAAAUUUGAAUAGCAUAAAUUUUUUUUUGUAGUGAAAAUCGAUUUGUGUGCGUGUGUAAAUAUUUUGUUUUGCUUGCGCAUCAUAACUAUCACUUUACAGAAACAUGAAAUUAUAUUUUUUAAAAAGAAAUUGAUGUUGAUACAAAAAUAAAAAGAGAAAUUACGAAAAUAAAUGAUUUGUCACUGGAAAAUAAAAUUAUAAAACUAAAUCAAAAUGGAUACGAAUUGCAAAAAUAACAAAUUUAAUUUAGAUCAUGUUUACUGUCAUUCAAACGACAGUAAUUACAUUAGAGCAACAAAAUCAAGUGGAACUGUAGAUAUUAUGACUUUGCUAAAAGAAAACAAACAAUUAAAAGCAAUGUUAUUAUUACAUUUAGAUUUAAUUCAAGAACAAUCGGAUCAGUUACAAGCAAAGGAUAAGUUAUUAGCUACUUUAAAAGAAGAAAAUGAGAAUAUGAAAAUAAAAAUUGAAAAUUUAGAAAGUGAGAAGAAUGCAAUUAAUAAGUUGGGAAUUCCAGUGCAAGAAAAUAAUACCAAACUUAGCAUCGGAAUUGGUGGACGCAACUCUUAUCACAGAGUACAUGGAAAGGCAGUUGAGUCUUCUGACCUUUAUAAAAAGGUUAAUAAAAAUACUUUGAACUUUAAACAUGAAGAAAAAAAGGAAAAUUUGGCUGAAUAUUCAAAUAUUGAACAGAAGCAAAAAAGCAAAUUGAUUCUUAGUAAUGAAAAAACUUCGACAACUGCAACAAUAACAACUAGAAGUAGGCAUACACCCACUCCACCCGGGGGGCAAAUUCAAGUACAAAGUGAUAAAUACAAAAUAGUAGAUGAAAAUUCUAAUAGCGGUGUACCAAACAGUGGGAGUAUUAUUGGUCAAAGCAAUGGGAAACCAAUAAGUAAGAUAAUGUUACAAUUACAUCGCGUAAAAAUACCUGACAAUAUAUUACCCAAUAAAUUAAAUAAUGUUGAUGACAAAAGUGACUCUGAAAUAAGUUCAUUUAACAUACAACUUGCAUCAAUAUUUGAAAACAAAGAAGGGUCGCCGAAGUCUCCGCUAUGCUCACCUCCUCUUUUACCACCUAUUACAAGGUCACCAAAAUGGUUUAGAAAAACUGCUAGUCCCACAAAUUUAUCAUUAUCAGUACCAUUAUCAAAGAAAUCCAAGGUGUCUAAAAUGAUUUCUGAAACAAAAAUUGAGCCUUUAGAUUGUCCUUUAAGUCCACUUCUUGAUCCAAAAAGUGAAAUUGAAAUAAAAGAAGAAAUUAAGCAUGAAGAUACGGAAGACGGAUUUAGUUGUGAAUCGUCAGGUCCAGAUAUUGAGCCGAUUAGAAGGUUUAUACGUUGUAAAAGCAGACAAUCCAUAGGAGAGUCCUCAGCAAGCAGUGCUCAACAAUUAUCAGAGACCAUAUUAUCAAAUAAUAGCACACAAGAUUCGCAAGCACAAGCUCUUUCCCCAGUAUCAAAAACAUUAAGUAGUGGUUCGAAAAACAUGAGUGUCUCAAAUAAUUCUCAAAUAGUACAAAUUGGAAAUAUUUCAAGUUUUCCGGAUCGCUGUAGCAUUAGUGAUAGUGGAAGGAGGAAGGUGUCGUAUUUGAGCACGCGUAAAUUGUAUUCAGCUCGGGAAUGGACAACUGAAGGUAUACCAGCCGAAGAAUUUACUUCUAUCAAAGAGGAAGAAGAAGCACUUAAAGCUGAACAGCCAAUGCUUGAAAUACCAAAAUGGACUGUUAAAGAAGUGUCAUGUUUAUACAGCAUAGAGAGUACAGAAGAUCUUUCAGAUGAAACUUUUCGUAAAAGACAUGCUAAAUUAGAACAUGAUGAGAAACGACGUAAAAAAUGGGAUGUGCAAAGGAUACGUGAGCAGCGAACCAUUGAACGUUUAAAACGCAGGCAUUGCAAGGAAGAAAUAGUUGAAACUGAAAAUCAAGAGUUGGCAUCAUUUUAUCCUACACCUGAUCAAAUAAAAUUCAUUCAAAUUUCAGAGGAAUUACCUGUUGAAGCAUUCGGUGGUGAAUUAAUACCCCGAUUAAACCCCAGCGAAUUCCAGUUACCAUGGAGAAAGCAUUCUCAUUUAAAUAGAAUAUGUGAAACAAAUUCUGAAACUCAAACAGAUAACUUACAGCAAUCAUCUAAAUAUCCUCCCUAUCAUAGUCGUCAUCAAACCAAUCAAUUAAACGAUAGUUCAAUAACCGGAAGUGGUUCUGCUACUGGUGUUGGAACAUCAUCAAAUACUGCAAGCACAUUUUUAUUUAUUAAAAAGCGAAAGAAACCACAAAGUACAUGUACUAGGAGACAGCACCAACAACUACAACAACAGAAAAUCAAUCCAAAUUCAUCUAAUAUUAUUAAUAAUAGUAAUUUGUCAUUCAAUUUAAAUGUUUCUUCAACAAAUAAAAAUGUUUUAUUUGGCACUGUAACAAGUCCAGGUCAAAAUAAUGAAGAUAAAAAUUUAAUAAUUGGUGAUUCUAAUGUUAUUGAAAAAGUACAACAUUCAUCCAAUUUAAAUAAUGAAAUUUUUAAUUUGUAAAUAAAUGUGUAUAUACAUACAUACUUUUUAAAAUUUGAUGAAAUUGAUUUUUCUCAAUGAAAACUUUAGAUAACGUUAAGUCAUUA